AUAGCGUCAAUGGAGAAGCAAGCUCAUAAAAAGUUUUGUUGGAUAAUAAAGAACUUCUCUCCGCAAUCUGAGAGGUUAUAUUCUGUUCCAGUCUUGAUCGGGGACUGCAAAUGGCGUCCUAUCGCUUAUCCCAUUCGAGAUAAGUACUUUUCUCUGUGUCUACAAGUGGUUGAUUUUGAAUCAUUACCUUGUGGAUGGGGAAGAUACGUAGAACUUCGGCUAACUUUACGGAACCAACAUAAUUCUCUCAAUCUUUCCAUAAAAGCAGAUCACUGUUUUGACGAAAAGCGUACCACUUGGGGUAUUCCAAUUCCAGAAAGGAUUCCCAUAUGCAAACUUCAGACUGAACUUUAUCAGUCUGAACAUGUGGUGAAAGGAGACUUCAAGAUUAUUGCAGAGGUUGAUGUUUUUGAAGCUGUUGGGACAUUGACUGAAUCAGAUAUUUCGGGAAAAGCAUCUGAACUUCUGACCAAAAAAAUACGGAAUGAUGGCAAUGAGUCUGGUGAUUUGCUCAAGAAAACUUCACCAGAAAAAGAAAGCAACCAUGUCAAUGAAUCUAAACCGGUAAGAAAGUUAAGAAACUUUGUGGUACUUUACAAGAGACAUGCUGCUAUGUGUUCUGUAUUACAAGAGCCUAUUUGUUUGCUAGGAAUCUUUCAUUACACCAACGGAGAAGCAAGUUGGGCAGAAGUUCGUGUGGGCGUCUUCUUGCUGAAUAUGACCUUGUGCCUUCCUGAUUCUCAAUUAUUCCCUUCUGAAGUUGUCAAAGCUCGUCUAACAAUAGUAAAUCAAUUAUCUGAAAAGCUAUCCAUAUCGAAAGAAUCAGAGCACUGCUUUGAUGAGCAGAAUCCUACCUUGGGUUAUACAUUCCCUUAUGAACUCCUUGUGGAAGAUGGUGGAUUUCUGGUAAACGAAGAUCUCAUGAUUAUUGUUGAAGUUAUUGGUGCAUCAGAUGUAUUUGAGGAUUCCUCUACCCAGGGAAAGGUAGAUGUCAAUGGCUUUCAAGUUCUUCCUUCACAGGUGGAAUAUGUGAGAUCAAUAUUUGAAAGACACCCUGACAUUGCAGUAGAGUUCCGAGCAAAGAACCAACAUCUGAGGACAUCAUGCAUGAUUUUUCUGCUUAGUUUAAUUGAGACACUGUGCCAGUCACUUGAAGAGCUCUCAAAUGAAGAUCUUGUGGAAGCAGACAUUGCAUUGACAUAUGUGAAAGAUGCAGGAUUUAAGGUGGAUUGGUUGGAGAAGAAGCUGGACCAAGUAAAAGAAAAGAAGGAGAAAGAACUGUCUGAUAUGGUUCAGCUACAAGAAAUGGAGGACCAUUUACUGAAACUGAAGCAAAGCUGUUCAGAUCUUGAUGAUCUAGUGGUGAAGAAGAAGGACGAGUUGUCGGUUACCAGAUCUCCGCUGUCAUUCGAUGAUGUUGUUUGAUCAUUUCAGUUCUUAUGCUAUUGGUGUUAUGAUAUCUUUAGUUUCUCCCUUUGUUUCAAAGUUAGAGGUCUUCUUGGAAGUUAACUGAACUUAU